AUGGGAAGUCGAGGAAAAAAAAUUGUAAGUCUUGUUAAAGAGCAAAAUAGUGAAAAAUUACAAAACAUUAAAAAUACAGAAAAUCAAGCUCAAACAAAGUUACAAGUUGGCGACAUUAUUGAUGUUGGAGUUUGCUCCAAUAUCCUAAAAAUUGUGAAUGUUGAAAAUAUUGUUGAAAUGGAUUCCAAUAAUGAAGUCCUAAACGACCCUGAUCUCAAAUGUUAUUAUCUUGCAAACAAUAAUGAUGCCGGUCUUCUAGAAAUAGAUAAUCACAAUUUAUUGAAAGAUCAAUUACUUUUCGAUAAAAAUGGAACCGUUACUGAUGAAUCAACAGAAUUGCCCAAGAUUAACCUCGUAGAUUAUGAUUCAAGCUCAUCAAAUAUCGACUUUGACAUGUCUACUAAACCUAAAGCUCAAGCUAAAAGUAAUCAGAGAAAGUUAAGACGCCGCUCAUCAGAAAUGUCUUUUAAUGAAGGAAAGGAAAAAAUAUCCAGCGAUAGCGAAGAAUACUGGAGUGACUUAGAAAAGCAGGUGAGAAAACCAGUUAAGAAAAAGUCAAAGUUAGAGAAACGAAAAUCUAGGAUGAUCGAAAAAAGUUAUGGAAAAGGAAAAGCACUACAGCCCAACCCAUGCAAAACCAACUGCCCCAAUCAAUGCACAUUAAAAUUUCCAGAGGUUGUACGGCAGGAUAUCCACGAAUUUUAUUGGGGAUUGGGAAACUCACAAAGGCAAAGGGACUGGUUGUUAUCCUGCAUUAAACAAGUAGGAAUCAAAAGGAGAAGACAAGAAGCUGAAACGAGUAGAAGACAUACAACUUUCAAAUACGUUAUUCCUUGGAACGAUGUUGAACAUAGAGUGUGCCAGAAAUUUUUAUUAAAAACAUUGGAUAUUUCACAGAUGACCCUUAGAUAUACGAAAAAUUUUUUAGAUUGGAAACAACUGUCCAAUGAAGUUCUUCAGCCCAAAAAGUUUAAAUCAGUUGAAGGUGAAUCGAUAAAAAUUACUCAGGUACGAAGUGUUUAUAUUGAAAAGAAUAAUUCUAACGUUGUUAUUGAUUAUUCAUAUGAUGGUUCAGACAUUAAAAUAAUGAAAAUUGCGUUACCUAAAAAGGUUAAUUUAAAAUCUAAAAGACUGUACAGCAACAAAUUAUGUGUAACUCCAAUAAAAAAAAAGAACUUGGAAGAUCUAUGUAAGAAAAAUGUAAUUCCGAGAAAAUAUCAUCAAGAAUAUUUUAAUAUGAAUACAUCAGAUAAAAUAUCUGAUGUGCUACCGGAAACGGACCAAGAAGAUGAAGUUGAAGAACUGAAAGAUCAAUAA